AUGUCGACCACUUCUUCUAGACCCCAUACGCCGGGCUACCCUCAACCUCCUCCCGAACCCCUUCCCGCCGUCACGGAGAAUGGUGAUACCACCAAAGAACAACGAAGAACCUCGUCUCUCGGCUUCCUCCGUCGCUCCAAGUCUACCGAUAUCCUAGGUGAAAGGAAGUCCUCCGGAAGCAAAAGCAAAAAAAUGGGCAAAACACAAGCGACGGAAGAGGAAAUCCGUCGCCAGCGCGAAUCCAUGCCCCGACAGCCUCCCCGUCUGCCCGAUUUCGCUCCUCCCCCGGUUCUCGAAACAUUCGGCGGCGACGAACGUCACGAUACCCUCGCCGCUCUUUCUAGCCAGGCAGUUCCGUCCCAGCAACAGGCUCGCAGUGCCGUGAGCACCCCGGCAGCCUCCGAAUCCGACCCCUAUGCCCGCACCGAGAGCAUGACACACCGUGGACGGUAUAGCUACGCCAGUAGUGCGGUGAGCACCGUCAACAGUCCGCGCAGGCUGCGUCGCCGUAAGGACCCGACACCCUACAACGUCCUUGUCAUCGGUGCUCGCAACUCGGGCAAGACCUCGUUCCUGAACUUCCUCAGAAAGUCGCUGGCAAUGCCACCCCACAAGCACCCUUCUCGUCCUUUCGAGGAAUUCGAAUCAUAUAAUCACCAGGCUUCUUCCAGCGAAAGCUAUUCGUCCAAUUACCUCGAAACGGAGAUCGACGGAGAACGUGUCGGACUGACCCUGUGGGACUCGCAGGGACUGGAAAGAAACAUCGUCGACAUUCAGCUGCGCGGUGUUGUGGGGUUCUUGGAGGGCAAGUUUGAGGAGACUCUGAGCGAGGAAAUGAAAGUAAUUCGCUCGCCUGGCGUGCGAGACACCCAUAUCCAUUGUACUUUCUUGAUCCUUGACCCGGUGCGCCUGGACGAAAAUAUCGCUGCCGCUGAACGUUGGGCCCAAGGAAACCCCAAGUCUACCGAUUCUCCCGUUAUCGGCAUCCUUGACGAAAACCUUGACAUUCAAGUUCUUCGCAAAGUCGUUGGUAAAACCACGGUCGUUCCGGUCAUCAGCAAAGCCGACACCAUUACCUCGGCUCAUAUGUCUUACCUUAGGAAGGCCGUUUGGGAUAGCUUGAAGAAGGCCAACAUCGACCCUCUCGAGGUGCUCGCUCUCGAUGAGCAAGAUGAAUACGCGUCUUCCGAAGAAGAAGAGGAGGAUGAGGAGGCCGACGAGGAAAAACCAACCGAAGAUUUGGAAGAGGGUGCGGCGGUGAAGCCCCCGGGAUCCCCCUCCGCUCGCAGUCAGAGUUCUCGCAAAUCGUCCGGAUCCCAGGCCGCUUCCCAGCUUCUACCAUUCACCAUUCUGUCACCUGAUCCGCACUCUUUGAAGUCCGACGAGGAGCCCGUUGGCCGAAGGUUCCCCUGGGGCUUUGCAGACCCUCACAACCCCGAGCACUGCGAUUUCUUGAAAUUGAAGGAGUCAGUGUUCAGUGAUUGGCGAGCCGAACUGCGUGAGGCGAGCCGUGUGAUCUGGUAUGAGAACUGGAGAACCAGCCGUCUGAAUCGCAACGGCCCCAGUCCAGUUGCUCCACCUCCCCAGAAGAAGACCUACAGUGGCCGGAUGGGUCCCCGUUGA